GUGAGCUGCUGUCUGCUCAGAGCAGGCGGAGGCAGCAUGCGACGCUUGGGGGUCUCCCAGGCCGGGCGGGCAGGGCUGAGGGCGGGGAGUGGGCCCCUCCGCCUCGGGCUGGCCGUCCUCCUGGCCCUGCCCUGGGGGGCGGCGGCACCGCCGAGCCCCGGGUGGCCCGAGCCCGUGUUCGGGCGCCUGGCGUCCCCCGGCUUCCCGGGGCCGUACCCCAACCACCAGGAGCGGCGCUGGAACCUGACGGCGCCCCCCGGGUUCCGCCUGCGCCUCUAUUUCACCCACUUCCAGCUGGAGCCGUCCUACCGCUGCGAGUACGACUUCGUCCAGCUGAGCGCCGGGAGCAAGGUACUGGCCACUCUCUGCGGACAGGAGAGCACCGACACGGAGAGGGCACCCAGCACUGACCACUUCCUGUCGCCGGGGCCCCACCUGGACGUGACCUUCCGCUCCGACUACUCCAACGAGAAGCCCUUCUCAGGCUUCGAGGCCUUCUAUGCGGCAGAGGACAUCGACGAGUGCCAGGUGCCCCCGGAGGGGCCGCCCGUGUGUGACCACCACUGCCACAACCACCUGGGCGGCUUUUACUGCUCCUGCCGGGCUGGCUACACCCUGCACCCCAACCAGCGCACGUGCUCAGCCCUGUGCUCGGGCCAGGUCUUCACCAACCGGUCUGGGGUGCUUAGUAGCCCCGAAUACCCGCAGCCGUACCCCAAACUCUCCAGUUGCACCUACAGCAUCCGUCUGGAAGAGGGUUUCAGCAUCGUGCUGGACUUCGAGGGCUCCUUUGACGUGGAGACACACCCUGAGGCCCAGUGCCCCUAUGACGCCCUGAAGAUCCACACGCCCAGAGACGCCUACGGCCCCUUCUGCGGGAGGUCCAGGCCCUCCCGCAUCGAGACCAGGAGCAACACGGUGGCCGUCAGCUUCGUCACGGACGAGUCCGGAGAGCACACGGGCUGGAAGAUUCGCUACAGCAGCACAGCCCAGCCCUGCCCUGAGCCGACAGCGCCACCGCACGGCCGCCUCUCGCCGGUGCAGGCACAGUACGUGUUCCGGGACCGCAUCUCUGUCUCCUGUGAGCCAGGCUUCGAGCUGCUCAGGGGUUCCGUGGCCCUGGGGACGUUUGCUGCUGUGUGUCAGAAGGACGGAAGCUGGGACCAGCCCAUGCCCGAGUGCAGCAUUGUUGACUGUGGCCCCCCCGAUGAGCUGCCCAACGGCCAAGUCGACUAUGUCACAAGGCCGGAAGUGACCACCUACAGAGCCGAGAUCCAGUACCGCUGUAACGAGACCUUCUACACAAUGGGAAGGGGUGAUGAUGGUAAAUAUGUGUGCGAGGCUGAUGGAUUCUGGACGAGCUCCAAAGGAGAGAGACUGCUCCCCGUCUGCGAGCCUGUGUGUGGGGUCUCCUCUCGCAGCACCGGAGGCCGCAUUUACGGGGGCGAGAGGGCCAAGCCCGGGGACUUCCCCUGGCAAGUGCUGCUGCUGGGCCCGGCGACAGCUGCGGGCGCGCUCCUGUCCGACGGCUGGAUCUUAACGGCCGCCCACGCCGUGUAUGCACAGAAGGACGACCCCGCCUCCCUGGACAUCAGGAUGGGCACCCUCCGGAGACUGUCCCCCCAGUACACGCAGGCCUGGGCUGAGGCCGUUUUCAUUCACGAGGGCUACCGGCCCGACGCUGGCUUUGACAAUGACAUUGCCCUGAUCAAGCUGAAGGACAAGGUGGGCAUCAACAGCCACCUCCGGCCCGUCUGCCUGCCCGGGCCAUCGGCAGAGUCCCUCAUGUCGACCAACACCAUGGGGACCGUGGCUGGGUGGGGGCUGACUCAGAGGGGCUUUCUGGCCAGGAGCCUCAUGUUCGUGGAUGUACCGGUGGCAGACCACCAGAGCUGCGCGAGGGCCUUUGAGUCGGUCCCCAAGACCCAGGUCACGGAGAACAUGCUGUGUGCAGGGCUGGAACACGGGGGCAGGGACAGCUGCAAGGGGGACAGCGGUGGGGCCCUCGCGUUCCUGGACACGGAGACACAGAGGUGGUUCGUGGGCGGGGUCGUGUCCUGGGGCCCCAGCCACUGCGGGGAAGCCGGCCAAUAUGGGGUCUACACCAAAGUCCCCAACUACGUGCCCUGGAUCAGGAAGGUAAUGAGCAACUUUUAACACAUCCUCAGCCAGGAAGCAGCUUCUUGUUUUCAGGGUGCAGCCUUGGGUUUGAUCCCUAACACCAGAGGUUAAGAAACCACCACCAAACCCUGAAAGACCUUGGCAGACAGGUGACCUGGCGAGGCGGCAGCUGUGGCCGCAGCAGAUGGAAGUCCCGCGGCCGUGGUUAUCCUGACCCCCACGCCCGGCCCGGCUUCCUUCGCGCCACUGACCCCCACAAACGGCUGCCAGGACUUCCUGGUGUGCUGGGAUCAGUAAACGGCUU